GCAUCCCGUUCUGUCAUUUAUUCUCCUUCUCUGCAUCCCCCCGACCCUCAGCAAGUUGCCGACUAAUACCAAGAUGAACACCAAGACUGCCGAAAGAGAGCUGCAGAGGAUCUUCAAAAAUGUCCCCAGUGCAUUUGGCAAUUCUUGGUUUGAGACGUUGCUCGACCACUCCCGGCGGCUCAGCGAGCCGCUGGCAGCCCGAAUGCUGAGCCAAAUGGGUCUCGGCAAGGCGACAUCGAAGCCCUUCAAGCUGUUCGACAACGCCUGCGGAUCCGGCCCUGUCCCUUCAGAGCUGCAUCGGCUGAUUCCGCCUGCCGUUCUCGCGCAGAGUAGCAUCCUCUGUGGCGAUUUCUCAGAGCAAAUGGUGCAGAUGGUGCAAAAGAGAGCCGAGAGCGAGGCCUGGACAAAUGUCGAGGCCAAGGUCAUCGAUGCGCAGAACAAUGGCCUUGCAACAGCAAGCUUCACCCACGUUGCGACAAACAUUGGCUUUCAUUGCGUGCCCGAUUCCAAAGCUGCACUUGAUGAGGCAAUCCGCAUCCUGGAGCCAGGCGGCAUUCUCGGGUUUACCACUUGGAACCGGGAGCCUUCGUGGGCGGCCGAGCUGGACGGCGCGUUCGAGACAUUUCCCUUCCAGGUGCCCCCACGGGAGUCGACUCUGCAGGCGACAGGAUGGGGUGACUGGGGUGACGUCAACUGGGUCCGCGAGGCUUUGGUGGAGCGAGGCUUGGAAGAUGUCCGGGUCGAGGUAUUUGCGCAACUUAGUCGCGUGGACAGUGUGGAGCAUUUCAUCAGCUCUUUCACCAUGAGCCUCAACUGGAUCAUGAGCAGCGUCUGGAGCGAGCAGUUGAGAAACGAGCACGGCCAGGAAGAGGUCCACGGACUGAUUAAAAAAUACCUGGAGCGCAAGUAUCAAGGGCGCCCCUGGGAAUUAACUUGGGUUUCUAUCGUUGCGACUGGUCGGGUUGCAGGGCAGUAGGAUGUACA